AUGCAAUCGCUCAGGAAGAUUUUCUUGAACAAGUAUCACGAUCUUUGGGGUCGCUAUUAUCAUUUCAAGUCCCAAAGCCGGUCGUAUCAAGCAAAAGUUGUUGGGAAAGGUCUUUUGAAUCUUUUCAACAGUUACUGUGCAGCACAUCUGUUCUUCGACUACAUUGGUCGGCCCUCAUAUACAGGUGGCCCAUCGAUGCUGCCGACCUUGGCUGUCACCAAUGAUCUUGUCAUAGAAGAUCGUUUAUCUCUGCGAUUUACUGAAAUUUCUCGCGGUGACCUAGUAACAGUCAAAUCCCCAUUAGAUCCGCUUCGCAUUGUCUGCAAACGAAUAAUUGGGCUUCCUGGCGAUGUCAUAUGUGUCGAUCCCACCGGGCACCUGGCACCCUCGACCGAGCAUGUCAUCGUUCCCAGGGGCCAUGUCUGGCUUAGUGGAGACAACUUUUCUUAUUCGCGCGAUUCACGGCGUUAUGGACCUGUUCCAAUAGCCUUGAUACAAGGCAAGAUCCGGCCACUAAGAGACUUUACGAUAUACCGUAACCCUGUAACGCUUGCACAUUUUGAGCAGGAAAGCAUCCGUCCUGCAGCUAAGGGAACGAUUUUAUGA